CAGUUUGUGGAGACGAUAGUCGUUGUCAGUACCAAAACAGAUGUUAGCCUAUACUGACUGAGUCUCGGAUCACCCACUAUAACAGUCAACUAUUUGUCAUAACAAAUAAUUUUCACACGACUUGAGCUGUCAAUUUUUUAGUGUUUGCAAUGUUGGUGCCACCUGAUAUGAUGGCUGCUCAAUCAAAAAUGUUAUAUCAAUUGAAUAAAUAUUAUGGUGAACGGGUACAAAAUCGUAUGGGCACUAUUGCUAAAACAAUACGUGAAGUGUGCAAAGUUGUGCAAGAUGUACUAAAAGAAGUUGAAGUGCAAGAGCCGAGAUUUAUAUCAUCAUUAACUGAGUGCAAUGGACGUUAUGAAGGUCUUGAUGUAAUAUCACCGGGUGAAUUCGAAGUGGUUUUAUAUUUAAAUCAAAUGGGAGUUUUCAAUUUUGUGGAUGAUGGUACAUUACCAGGUUGUGCAGUGCUUAAAUUGAGCGAUGGUCGUAAACGAUCAAUGUCUUUAUGGGUGGAAUUUAUUACCGCAUCUGGAUAUUUAUCAGCGCGAAAAAUCCGAUCUCGAUUCCAAACAUUAGUGGCUCAGGCUUGUGAUAAAUGUGCUUAUCGCGAUUCAGUGAAAAUGAUUGCUGACACCACCGAAGUUAAAUUACGUAUUCGAGAACGAUAUAUCGUACAAAUUACACCAGCAUUUAAAUGUUCUGGUGUCUGGCCACGAUCAGCGGCACAUUGGCCAAUACCACAUAUACCAUGGCCACAUCCUAAUUUAGUAGCUGAAGUGAAAACUGAAGGAUUUGAUUUAUUAUCUAAAGAGAGUAUUGCAAUGCAAGGUAAACAAUCUGCUAUGGAAGGCGAUGCGUGGGUACUUUCUUUUAAUGAGGCUGAAAAUCGAUUGUUGCAAGGUGGUUGCCGACGGCGAUGUUUAAGUAUAUUAAAAACAUUACGUGAUCGUCAUUUAGAUUUACCUGGGAAUCCUGUUACUAGUUACCAUAUGAAGACUUUACUAUUAUACGAAUGUGAAAAGCAUCCGCGGGAAAUUGAGUGGGAUGAAGCAUGCUUGGGUGAUCGCAUUAAUGGGAUAUUCCUGCAGUUAAUAUCUUGUUUACAAUGUAGGCGAUGUCCACAUUACUUUUUGCCAAAUUUAGAUUUAUUCAAAGGCAAAUCACCCAGUGGAUUAGAGAAUGCUGCAAAACAAGUUUGGCGAUUAACUAGAGAAUUACUAACUAAUACAAGAUCAUUAGAGAAAUUAUAAAGCGACGGAUAUGGUUUUGUUUCCUCUACUUAUCCCCAGUGAUAUUUUAAAAAGUGUACGAUAAUUGUUAUUUAUUUUUUAUUUUUAAAGUUAAUACACACAUUCCAAAAGUAUUGAAAGCUUAUUGUAAAUAAUUUUAGUGCAAUCGAUAAAGCCAUUGGGUUUCAAUAUGUAUUUAAUUUUGUAGACAAGUUUUUAUUGUCAAAUGUUUUCGAA